CAUGCGGUGGCGCUAAAGUGCCAAUUCGAAGAAGACGCGAAAUUAAAGAAGAAGAAAGGGGACACUUGGAUUUUGAGUUUAUUUAGCAGAAAGCGAGACAGUUCAACAACUGAACGAUAUAUAGACUGAUUAAAAAUGGCCGGGACGGCUUCAGUAGCUGGAGAAGUGUUUGUAGAUGCUCUGCCGUAUUUCGACCAAGGUUACGAUGCGGCAGGUGUGAGAGAAGCGGCAGCAGCGUUGGUCGAAGAAGAGACCAGAAGAUACCGACCUACAAAAAACUACCUGAGUUACCUGCCUACUCCUGAUUUCUCUGCUUUUGAGACAGAAAUAAUGAGGAAUGAAUUUGAGCGGUUGGCAGCUCGGCAGCCGAUGGAACUCCUGAGUAUGAAGAGGUAUGAGUUGCCGGCGCCCUCAUCAGGACAGAAGAAUGACAUUACAGCGUGGCAGGAGUGCGUGAACAACUCGAUGGCCCAGCUGGAGCACCAGGCGGUCCGUAUCGAGAACCUGGAGCUCAUGUCGCAUUAUGGAACCAACGCAUGGAAGGCCUACAACGACAACUUGGCCUUCAUGAUCGAGAUGGCACAAAAGGAACUUCACAAAUUCAGGAAGCAAAUUCAGGAUUUGAACUGGCAGCGUAAGAAUGAUCAGUUGGCAGCAGGAGCCAAACUCAGAGAGCUGGAGUCUAACUGGGUGUCACUCGUCAGUAAGAACUAUGAGAUCGAGCGGGCAAUCGUUCAGCUGGAAAACGAAGUCGCUCAACUCCGGCAACAGCAGGGAGACGAAAACAAGGAGAACAUCCGACAGGACUUUUAGGAGCUACUGAUCCCGCGGUCGGAUUCCAUCUUGGCUUGUGAGGCUAACAGGACUAAGAAGCAACCUUAGGACUGAAGUUUUUUUGCCGCGUUCCAAAUGCGCCCAUGAAUCUCAAUUUGCAGCACACAGUUUACCACUGUACACCUUAUUCCAGUGUAAAAACACGACACAAUACAUCAUCUUUUCACAAACGGAAAGUCGAACACAAUAAAACGGCUUUUGUUGCCUCACGUGGUUUGGUAGGACAGGCAGAUGAAAUAUCACAUGUGACAUUAUUUAGUCUGUUGGCUGUAAAUGCUAAUGAUAUUAUAGCAUUAGCGUUUAGUGUUUUGUCACAUGAGCUCAUUUCGGAAGUUUACAUCGACCUGAUUCUUCAAGCUCUCUUCCAGCUCAACAGUGUGUUUGGAAAAAUGUACAUAGUUUGUUGUUUGAAGCCAGACUCAUCUUUAUGAGCUCCAGCAUGACUUCAAUUAAUGUAAUUUUUUAAAAGCGGUUUUAAUAAAUUGAACUUUUCUUAUA